UACACAAACACGCACUCACACACACUCUGCGAGCUCUUCUCCGACAGAGGGGAGAGAGGGGAUAAACAGAGGGAGAGACUAUAGGAACGCAGCGGCUCGUGUGUGUGUGCGCGUGUGUGUUUGUGUGUGAAGGUACGCUCGCUCGGUGGUAGAAACGACUGGCGGGGCGGAUAUGGAGGGGCUCGGGAGAAACGCUGGGAACUGACCGAGAACCGAGACGAAACAUAGGGAAAGAGAGAAAAGAGGACGGACGGACGGAAAGAAGGAAGGAAGGAAGGACGGAAGGAGAGGAGGAGAGAAGUCUGACAGAGGAGAGGAAGACAGUGAAGAAGGGGCUCGUCUGGAACACAGAAAGAUCCUAAGGAGUGAGCCCUGGGCUGGAUGGGACCCACCAUGCCCCCCAGUAAGAAGGCCCAAAGCCCCAGUAGUGGCGCCAGUGCCUCGCAGGGUAUGAGCCCACCGUACCGACAAGGGGACGCCGCCACGGCAGCAUCCGAGGCCGAGGCAUCCGACCUCUCGCUGUCCCUGUCCGCCUCCUUCUCCAAGGCCGAGGACGAGGAGCUCACCAGCCUCUCCUGGCUCCACGAGAGCACCGACCUCCUCAACAGCUUCAGCCACUCGGGGCUUCGUAGCGUCUCCCCCCUGCAGGACCCCGACGGUCAGCACUCGCGCUCGCCCUCCUCCUCGUCUCCUUCCCUGGAAGACGCUUUGCUCGGUGACGCACAUUCGGCGUACGACUUGGCGGCGGGAGCCAACAGAAAACCGCCGUACUCCUUCAGCUGCCUGAUCUUCAUGGCCAUCGAGGACGCGCCAAACAAGCGGCUGCCGGUGAAGGAUAUCUACGGUUGGAUCCUGGAGCACUUCCCUUACUUUGCAAGCGCCCCCACAGGCUGGAAGAACUCAGUGCGCCACAAUCUGUCGCUCAACAAGUGCUUCAAGAAGGUGGACAAAGACCGGAGCCAG